GUUUCAUCCUAUAGCGACAGCCCAAAGCAAUUCACGUGGCCAAUCCGAGAUCGAGGCGUAGAACGCGGUGCAACUGCUAAAUCAUUCCUCCCGGAAGCCGGAAAGUUUUACUACUCCUGCAGCAAACGUGACGGACCCAUGCCAAAUACCAAUGAAGAUUCCACUGCUGCAGAGGCAAAGGUCAUUCUGGUUCCACCACCUCCAUUGCCUCCACCUCCACAGCUUCCUCUGCUGCCGCCAACUGUGACGAGGCACAAGUUCUUUAAAAAAGUAGCUGAAAAUAGUGACCCAUCGGUUGGAGGCUGUGAAGAGUUAAAAAAGAUGAUCAAAAAUAGACAGAGCCGAUUCAGUGGGGAACUGAAAUGGCUGCUUUAUAACCAAUAUGUGCCAUCCCUGAUACAAGAAGGACCACAGUGUGGCUUGGUGGCUCUGUGGAUGGCAGGGAGACUACUAAACAUGGCACAUGAAGUACCACUGCAUUCUAUUGUAGAGGCAGCUGUUUCUAGAGGGUUCACAGUUCAGGGGGAGAUGUUCUCGGCUGCUAACAUGGCUGUUCUAGCAAAGGAAGUGUUUGGCUGUCGGUCUGAGCUAUGUACAGGUGGAAUGGAUGGAGAGAAUAAAGGCAGACUAUUGCAGCAGCUGACUUCAGGCCUGCCUGUGCUCAUCCCAUAUGAUGAAGACUUUAACCAUGAGCCGUGCCAGAGAGGGGGUCACCGGGCCCAUUGGGCAGUUAUCUCAGGUGUUUUAUUUGGAAUAAAGUGUGGUUCCUUUAAUCCUGACCCCGAUAUUCCUGGUCUAUAUUAUCCUUCUUCUGAUUCUCCUUCCCUAGAGGACCUUAACAUUCAGGAAACCUACCUUGUGGCCAAGCAGGGAAAGAGUCUGCGAUACCAGCUGUGGGAGUAUGACUGUAUCAGCAGGAGUAAUGGGCAGCUCCUACAUAUCGACCCCAAGAGAUCAAGUGAUGGAAAUGUAUACGUAGUUCCUUCAGGAGGUGUGAAAGCUGGGUUGUGCGGGCAGAUUGUCCUACUUCAACCAAUGGACAUUUAACAACCUAUGCAGUUAGCUAAACAUUCUUAUAGAGGAUGUUUGAAAAUGGUCCUUGUCCCCCCAUCCUAAAGCCCCACUUUAUCUGGUUUGCUUCCCUUUAUCUCCACUGGCCUCACUAAAGCUGUCCAUUUACAUACCGAUUUUAUCAUGCAAGAUUAUUGGUAGGUAUGUGGCGCCCAGGGGCGUAACUACCGGGGGAGCAGGGGGUGCAAAUGGGCCAGGGCCCGCACCCCCGCAGGGCCCCCCCCGGAAGAUCGUGCGCGCUGCAGCCGGCUGGAGUCGGCUGCAGCGGCAGAGAAAAAUCACGCAGAUGAGGGUGGGGGCGGGCCCAUCUGCACGGCCCGCACCAGGGCCCGCCCCCACCAAGUUACGUUACUGGUGGCGCCACACCAAGCCUGGCCAAUAUCCAUAUGCACUGGAUAUCAGUUAGUUCUGGAAAUAGGUCAGUUCAUUUUAUCUGCCUGUGUACCGUGAUGGUGAGCACAUGGAGCCUUGGCAGAUAAAGAAGCGAAUAGUUGUCUCGAUUCCUCUUCACUGAUUCUGUUUCAAUUGUUCCUAUAGAAUUAUAGGAAGACAGCCAUACCUUGUGUGGCCCCUUGUAUGCCCUCUGUCAGUUUGCCCAUUGGGUAAAGAAGAAACAUGGUCGGCCCAUGUAUGGCCACCCUAAGGGGCAGAUUUAUCAAAGGUCGAAGGGGUAAAUUCAAAUUUCAAGUACUUCGACUAGGGAAUAGAAAUCCAAAAAUUUGAAUAUUGAAAUGUAUCAUGUACU